AUGUCUAAGCAACAACCAACUCAGUUUAUAAAUCCAGAAACUCCUGGCUAUGUUGGAUUUGCAAAUCUUCCUAAUCAAGUUCACCGAAAAUCAGUGAAAAAAGGUUUUGAGUUCACACUAAUGGUGGUCGGUGAAUCGGGACUAGGAAAAUCGACUCUUAUAAACAGCCUGUUCUUGACGGAUCUUUACCCAGAAAGAAUCAUACCUGGAGCUGCAGAGAAAAUUGAAAGAACAGUCCAAAUUGAGGCUUCGACUGUUGAGAUUGAAGAGCGAGGGGUCAAGCUUCGUCUGACAGUGGUGGACACACCCGGCUAUGGUGAUGCCAUCAACUGCAGGGAUUGCUUCAAGACCAUCAUCUCCUAUAUCGACGAGCAGUUCGAACGGUACCUACAUGACGAGAGUGGCCUCAACCGGCGGCACAUUGUGGACAACAGGGUACACUGCUGCUUCUAUUUCAUCUCGCCCUUUGGACACGGACUUAAGCCCUUAGAUGUCGCAUUUAUGAAGGCGAUACACAACAAGGUCAAUAUUGUGCCUGUCAUUGCAAAAGCUGAUACCCUCACUCUAAAGGAACGGGAGCGUUUGAAGAAAAGGAUUCUGGAUGAAAUUGAAGAACAUAACAUCAAAAUUUAUCACUUACCUGAUGCAGAAUCAGAUGAAGAUGAAGAUUUUAAAGAGCAGACCAGACUUCUCAAGGCCAGUAUCCCGUUCUCUGUGGUUGGAUCCAAUCAGCUGAUAGAAGCCAAAGGCAAGAAGGUCCGAGGCCGCCUCUAUCCGUGGGGUGUCGUGGAGGUGGAGAACCCAGAACACAAUGACUUUCUGAAGCUGAGGACAAUGCUCAUCACUCACAUGCAGGACCUCCAGGAGGUGACCCAGGACCUUCACUAUGAGAACUUUCGUUCCGAGAGGCUCAAAAGAGGUGGCAGAAAGGUGGAAAAUGAGGACAUGAAUAAAGAUCAGAUCUUGCUGGAAAAAGAAGCUGAGCUCCGCCGCAUGCAGGAGAUGAUCGCCAGGAUGCAGGCACAGAUGCAGCUGCAGAUGCAGGGCGGAGAAGGUGACGGCACAGUUCACGGGCACCACGUGUGA